AUGAAGUUCUUUGAGGACCCGACUCCAAACAGCCCGUCACAAACACCAAAGCCCAAGCCAGGUGCCCGUUUUGCAUUUAACCCUCGAACCACCCUCUCGUCAAAACAGAAGCCAGACUUUUCUAAACCUGCCCCGCGCCAACAAACAACCAAGACACGUCUCAGCGACUCGACUGCUCUUCGAGACCUCGACCUCGGCGCCAUGGUUAACGAACGUGCGCCCCCGAAGGCGCCUUCGCACUCUAUCAACUCACACGGCGAGAAUGCUUCCCGCGAGCUGUCCCCCGACGACGAUAUCACCGCUCUUGUUCGUGGCAUGGGCUCGCUCAAGGGCAAAGUUCACGCGGAUAUGAACGACCCAUUCAACCCAACCAACGCUACCAACACUCCCACGUUCGGUCAUCCUACCAAAAUGAUGUCCUCUCGUAAGCAGAGAGCAGACCCUUUCAUACGGCAGAAGACCCGACCUGAGCACCAUCUCGACAACCGAAGCAGCAACAGUGGUGCUAGAGUUGCAGGCCCUCGAGGCCCUAUGUACCAAGAUCGAAGACCACCCCCGAUGGCAAUGUUCAGUUCAGAUGCCCCACCCGCACCAACGAUGGUGUCCUCUUUUGCGCCCACAAGGAACUACGGCGAAGAGACUUUUUACACAGACCCUACCAAAGCGAGUGCUGAUUUGAAGGCUCUGCUCGAAGGAGGUAUGGAAGAGGGCGAAGAGGAGGGCGCAGAAGAAGGCGCAGAGGGUCAAGCCAACGGCGAGAAGAAGGCAGAGCCCAAGAAGGAUGCCAAAGAUGGCACGGUGGAGGGCCUCAAGGUCAAGCUGCUGCCCCAUCAGGUGGAAGGCGUUGAAUGGAUGCAGGGACGAGAACUCGGCCCUGUAAAGCGAGGCAGAGUCCCCAAGGGGGGCAUUCUCGCAGACGAUAUGGGUCUUGGAAAGACUCUCCAGACCAUUUCACUUAUUCUCACCAACCAGAAGCCGGCCAAGGACAGCCCUGGGUGGAAGAAGCAAUUUGAAAAGAUUGAAAAGACAACGCUUGUGGUGGCACCACUGGCUUUGAUUCGGCAAUGGGAGCACGAAAUUAAGGAUAGAGUGGAAACAUCUCACGGCCUCAAAGUCUGCGUGCACCAUGGACCCAAUCGCACAAAGCGGUUUAAGGAACUCGCUCUUUACGAUGUUGUUAUCACAACCUACCAGAUCCUCGUCUCAGAACACGGAAAUUCAUCAGACGCAGAAAACGGUGUCAAGGCAGGUUGUUUCGGCUUGCACUGGUGGCGAGUCGUUCUUGAUGAAGCACAUACUGUCAAGAACCGAAACGCAAAGGCCACCAAGGCAUGCUACGCUUUGAACUCUGAGUACCGAUGGUGUUUGUCUGGUACACCUAUGCAAAACAACCUUGAUGAACUUCAAUCUCUCAUCAAAUUCCUUCGUAUCCGACCCUACGAUGACCUCAAGGAGUGGAAAGAACAUAUCGAUCUACCCCUGAAGAAUGGUCGAGGUCACAUUGCUAUUCGUAGGCUCCAUAGCCUCCUCAGAUGCUUCAUGAAGCGAAGAACCAAAGACAUUCUCAAGGUAGAUGGUGCACUCAACCCUGGUGGUAAGCCUUCUGCCGAAGGUGAAGGUUCCUCGACUGGUUUCAAGGUCACCGAACGCAAGGUAGUCACUGUGGCAACUAAACUGUCGCCGGCCGAGCGUAAAUUCUACGACCGACUCGCUGCUCGAGCCGACCGAAGUAUGGAGCACAUGAUGCAAGGGAAGAUCAACUAUGCCAACGCUUUGACUCUGUUGCUCCGGUUGCGGCAAGCUUGCAACCAUCCCAAGCUGCUCGAGGGCAAGCUAGAUAAGGACAAGGACGCAAUGUCAAUAGGCUCAACUCAGAAGCAGCAGGAUACAGAUAUCGAUGACAUGGCUGAUAUGUUCGCUGGAAUGGGUAUUGUGUCCAAGGACUGCAACAUCUGUGGACGAGGCCUGAGCGACGAAGAUAACAAGUCGGGCAGAGAUGUCUGCUCUGAGUGCCACGCGGAUUUGGCAUACUUCAACAACCACGAACGACCAGAGAAGUCAGAGCGGCCCAAGAAGUCAAAGAAGUCCAAAGAUAAAAGAAAAAGCCAAAACAAGGACAAGAAGGAAGCCGUCGAUAAAAAGGUCAUCGAUAGACAGAUUGUCGAAAUCGACGACGAUGAUGACGCGUCGUCUGAAAAGGUCUCAAGACGACCUCGAAACCGAAACCGAAACGCCAUUGUUGACAGCGACGAUGAGGAUGCAGAUUCACCACAAAAGACGGCUCGCAAGCCUCGAAAUCGCAACGCCAUUGUCGAUAGUGACGAAGAGGAUGAGGGUGGAUCAUGGCUUGUUCCAGAGGAUGAGCAAGGUUCACUUCAUCUCGGAAAGGCUGGCGGCGAAGAGGACGAGAAUGCUGAGGGCGGAGGUGACUGGCUUGGAUCUGAUGACUCCCAAGACGAGGAGAGCAAGCUUGAAGACAAGAGCAAUCUAAGUAGUUUUGUUGAGAACGACGAAACUACUGACAAGCCAGGCGAGGCCUCUGACUCUGCUAACUCUCUGUUGUCCUUGUCGGAUAUCACAAAGCGCAUGGCUGCCCAGACGCUGGACGAUGGGCCAUCCAAUACUGCUGAUACCACGACUACAGACACAGAGGCAGAUACAACUGCUGCUGAUACGACCGCCGCUGAUACAACUGCUAUUUCUGGAUCAUCCGCCUCAGACUCAGACUCAGCCUCCGAGUCUGGGUCCGAUUCUGGCUCUGACUCUGACUCGGAUGCAUCCGAUGUCCUAUCUGGAGAGGACGAUAGUAUAUUCUAUCCUUCUCGCGACGCCAACUCUCCCCAAGUCCUCGCUUCCUCCAAGAUUCGCGAACUCAUCAAGAUCCUGCAGGGCGAGGUCAAGGAACACAAGUUCAUUGUCUUCUCCCAAUUUACCUCCAUGCUCAACCUUGUGGAGCCAUUCUUCCGCAAAGAGCGGUUCCGCUUCGUACGUUACGAUGGUAGCAUGAAAAAUGACGAGCGAGAGGAGAGUUUGCGCAAGCUGAGGAACGAUCCUGAGACGCGAAUCCUGCUGUGCAGUUUGAAGUGCGGUAGUUUAGGACUUAACCUCACAGCAGCGACCAGAGUCGUCAUUCUCGAGCCCUUCUGGAAUCCUUUUGUCGAAGAACAAGCCAUCGAUCGUGUCCACCGUCUCACCCAGACCGUUGACGUGAUCAUCUACAAGCUCACCGUCUCCGAAACAGUCGAGGAACGUAUUCUCGAGCUGCAGGACAAGAAGCGUGAACUUGCUGAGCAGGCCAUCGAGGGUGGUAUGCGUAAAGAGGCUCUCAAGCUUGGCAUCAACGAAAUCAUCAACCUCUUCAAACCAGGUUCAUCUGCGGACAACCCAGCUGUUAUCGGCGCUGAUAGCUCCAGGAUCGCUGACGAGAGCUUCGAUGCCAAUGGUCGUAGAACUGAAGCUUCGUCAAAGAGACGGCCAGGACGUCCUAGGAAGGAAGAGAGUGCUGUCUAUGGUCGACGGUGGUGA